CUCUUGAAUCCUAUUGGCUGAGAGCUCGUGGCGGCAUUCAGCGAGUGCCACGUCAGCGAAGAGGCCGAACAAUCUGGAUUUUUCCCCUCCCCUCCCGCAACCUAUUAAUUCUGGGGCCCCUCACCAUCCAUAAAACUCCUAAAUUUUGAAUUUUUUUUUGAUGAAGUGAAACUCGUUGUUGGUUGCAAGAAUUUGAGGAACAAAACAUGAAGAACCGAUUCGCAUUACCGCUGAUUGCCGCCGGAAUUAUGUUUCUUCUCUGCGUAGAAUCCAAGAAAACCGACCCCUAUAAGGUGCUUGGGGUUGAUCGAAAUGCGUGUAACCGAGAAAUUCAGAAAGCCUUUCACAAGUUAUCUCUGCAAUAUCAUCCUGACAAAAACAAGAAUAAGGGUGCCCAAGAAAAAUUUGCAGAGAUCAAUAAUGCAUAUGACAUCUUAUCUGAUGAGCAGAAAAGAAAGAAUUAUGAUCUCUAUGGGGAUGAGAAAGGUAAUCCGGGAUUUGAUGCUGGAGACCCUAGACAGCAAGGCGGGUAUUCCUAUUUCACUAGUGGUGGACCAGGACAAAGUGGGUUCAGUUUCACACCAGGUGACUGGCAGAAUAUGGGCGGACAAGAAGGCUCAAAAUCAUUCUCAUUCUCAUUUGGAGGUCCUGGUUCUGGCGGUGGUUUUGACAUGGGUGACAUAUUUUCUAAUUUUUUUGGUGGGGGUAUGGGAGGAGGCAGCCAGUUUGGUGGUUUUGGCAGCUCAGGCAGGUCAAAGCAGGGGAAUAGACAAUCAUCGAAGAGCAUACCAUCUGUGAACUCCCAGCUCUACAGGAAAGAGAUAGUUGAUAAGGGGAUGACAUGGCUCUUAUUAGUUCACUCAUCCAAUAUACAGGAGAUCCAAAUUUAUGAAUCUGUUAUAGAGGAAGUUGGCAACUCACUUCUGGGAGCAUUGAAGGUUGGAAGUAUAAAUUGUGGAUCUGAGACAUCCUUGUGCAAGGAGCUUGGUUUAUACCAUCGCAGAGAACCUAAAAUUAUUGUCUACUCAUAUGCAUCUGGUGAAAAAGCUUCUUUGGUGGAGUAUGGUGGCGACUUGGAUGUAAGAUCCCUCAAAAGUUUUUGUCAAGACCAUUUACCCAGAUUCUCAAACCGGAUCAACUUGGAUAGAUUUGAUGCUGCAUCUGAAGGUGGAAGGUUACCCAAAGUGUUGCUUUUGUCUACUAAGAAAAGCACUCCUGUUAUCUGGCGAACAAUAAGUGGCUUAUAUCACAAGCGUUUCUCAUUCUACGAUGCUGAGGUUCGUGAUGCCUCAGACCCGUCUUUGAGAAAAUUGGGCAUUGAUUCGCUUCCAGCCAUCGUUGGUUGGCUGUCGAAUGGGGAGAAAGAAAUUCUCAAGUCUGGUAUAUCCGUAAAAGACCUGAAGUCUUCAAUUCAAGAGCUCAGUGGCUUGCUUGAAAAUUUCGAGAAAAAGAAUAAGAAGGCUUCUGUCCGAAAGGAUCCUAGCGAAUCAGGCAUACCAUUGCUUACCACUUCAAAUUUUGACAACAUCUGUGGCGAGAAAGUUCCCGUCUGCUUGAUCGGUGUUUUCAAGUCAUCAACAACUCGGGACAAGUUGCAAAAAAUCUUGCAAUCUGUAUCCCAGAAGUCAUUUUCUAGACGACAAAGAUCAACAUCUGGCCCGAGGGACUCGGUCUCAUAUGCUCUCUUGGAUGCAUCAAAGCAGCAAGCGUUCUUAACUGCCCUCGACAAGACAGGGUUCAAGUCCUCGGAGAAGCUCCUGUUGGCCUACAAACCAAAGCGAGGCACCUAUGCCGCGUCUCAGGGCGAAAUAACCGAAGAAGCAGUCGAGAGUUUCGUAAGUUCGGUAUUGAAUGGAGACGUACAAUUCUCCAAGGCAAGACAGAAGCCUACUCUAAAAUGAUCCGAGGUGACAGGCCAAAUUGGUAAGAGUGUUAAAACCAUGUAUAUUAAUUAUUAUAUAUACCUUCGCCCUCAAUUGAUAGGAUAGUAAAUUAUGGCCAAAUUCUACUAAAAAGUUUGGUUUGCACAAGUUUUAGUACAACUUUUGCGGAGGCUUAGAUAGAAACGAGAAAGUAUUACUUAUGUAUGCGGUACAUUUGUAUAUAAUAUAAUUUUGAGUUAAUCUUUGGAGGUCAAUACAAUUUCUUGUUUACUUCC